GGGAACAGGAGAGAUGAAAGGAAGAGAGAGAGAGAGAGAGAGAGAGAGAGAGAGGAGAGAAUGAUUCGCCAUAUUAUUGUUCCCGGCAAGAAAACCAAUCAUGAACCAACGACGUGGAUGACGAAAAAAAUAGCCAAUCAGCGAGAGGCGUUGGCGGUCAUCCUCCAGCCCCACCUAAGACUGUGUCCAGCCAAUCAUAAUAAGGUUACCCCUCACCUGGCGGCUUCAGCCAAUCAUGUGCGGGUUCUGGAGUGGGGGGCGGGGUCUAGCCAGCUCUCGGCCCGGAGGUACAACCUUCGAGUAACAGACUGGAAUCCGAAACGCAUUAAGCCUUCCCCCGCCCCCCCCCCUCCCCCUCCCCGGGCGCCUCGUGAAAGGCCGCCAGCGGACAGGCGCCGAGAGGCCGCGCGGCCGGCCUGGGCCUCCGCCUGCGCCGCCGUCCCACCUAUCUGGCGAGUGGAGAGAGAGAGAGAGAGAGAGAGAGAGAGAGAGGAGAGAGAGAGAGAGAGAGAGAGAGAGAGAGAGAGAGAGAGAGAGAGAGAGGGAGGGAGGAGGGAGGAUAAGAAAGAGAGAGAGAAGGGGAGGCAAGUGCGGCGCCGUUCCCGCGCUGACGAUGACGAGAGCGAGCUCAUCAACGGCUCCCUGGCAACCCCAAACCACAGCUCUUAA